CGCUGCUAGCGAUAUGGAACAUGUAUCGGUAGAUUGUGAGCUAAUUGAAUCCUCGAACGAAAAGACAUAAACAGGUCAGAUCACAUGACAACGUGUAAACGGGGACUGAGAAAGCGGACAGAAAGUCAGUAGCGAGAGAGGCAUUGAAAGCAAAGGACGCUAAGGCCACUAUUUUUGAGUUUUUUUUUUUUCCUUUAUUGUGCUACGUAUUAGUUAAAUAAAUGGAUUUAGUAUUAAAAAACUUCAAAAACGGCUCGCGUUUGUUGCAUACGCAACAAAAUUCUCAAAAAUAGUGUCGAUAUUGUGAUGCAAUAUCCGCAGCAGAGACAUCAUUGUGGUGUGUGACAGAGACCGGGAACGCGGGGGAACACGCUAUAAGAACAAAAGCGUUUUUCGUGCUACAACAGAAAGAUACGGUGCGACGUAUGAAACAGUGUGUGUAUGUGCGAUAAAAGAACGCGUGUGAUCUUGUAUUAACCGGUAAAGACCUCAGGUGCUACUCGGUAAUAAAGUACGGCUGCGUGGAUUCCGUACAAAGACCAUACAAAACAAAAUGGAGGAUCAGGCGUCAACGAGCGGCCAUGAUGCCGGUAGUGUUGGUGUGAGUGAAGUGACGCCUGAGAAGAAAGGACCAUCGAAGAAACCCACAAAGGGCGGCCACGAGGCCGAUAGUGUUGGGCAAAAGAACCUUUCAAAGAAAAAGCUAUCGUUCCGGGUUACAACUCCAACUCGUCGUGUGACUCGCAGCGCAAAAAAGGCACAUGGAAAUGUGAAGAAACAAACUGUGCAAGUGGCGGUAUCUUCAUCGGAAAGUAAUAGUUCUAGUGAGGAAGAAGAAGAAGUAGAACCAACAAGUGUGGACGUGCAACCAACUAAGGAACAAAGGCGUGCUCGACACGGCAUUUCUCAGAAGCUUCCUGAGUUCAAUGGCAAACCACAGGAUUGGCCAAGAUUCUACGGCGCCUUUCUAGCCUCGAACAAAUCGUGUGGCUUCACGAAUAACGAGAAUCUUGUGCGGCUUCAAGAAUGCCUGAAAGGACCUGCCUUAGAACUGGUUCGCGGAAGGUUGAUAACGGCGGAAUCCGUUCCGCGAGUGAUCGAGAAGCUGGUGCAAGUGUACGGAAGACCUGAGCUUAUCUUGCAUAGCUUGUUAAAGAAAGUUCGUGAAGUAAAGGCUCCGAAGGCGUCGGAUCUAACCAGCUUCCUGCCGUUUAGCAACGCCGUCGAAGAGUUGUGUGAACAUCUCGAAGCAGCCCAGUUGAAAGACCAUCUACACAACCCGUUGCUUAUUCAGGAGCUGGUCGAUAAGCUCCCAGACGCAGACAAGCGGGCCUGGUCACGAUUUAAGAGAGGUCAUGGAUCCGUAUCGCUGCGAACGCUAACCGACUUCCUUGACGAGGUGGUGACCGAAGUUCUCGACACCACUUUGGAUCUCGGUAACUACAUGCCCCUAUCAUCGCAACCAAAGGACACUCGCAGAAGGGAAACGGUAGGCCAUCAUCAGACAACGCCAGCACAACAAGGGAGAAAGCCAUGCCUUGCAUGUGAAGCAACGGAUCAUCGUCUACGCAAUUGCACGGUGUUUAAGGAGUGGACAACAAGACAGCGGCAAGACUUUGUGGCGAAGUACAGUCUGUGUAGAUUGUGUCUCGACGGACAUCAAGGAAGGUGCUUCGCACCAAAGAGAUGCAACGUAGGUGAUUGCGACCAAAUGCACCACCCCCUUCUACACGAUCAGGAGCGUCUAUAACGCUGGUAGAGCGUCAAUUGGUGGAGCGUCUCGGAGCUGGCGGCGUUCCUGAGAAGCUCACCCUGCGAUGGACUGCUGGCAUUGAGAGAGUAGAGGACAAAUCGCAAAGGCUGAAUCUG